ACGCCCUGUGCCUCCAACUCUGCACAGAACACCAAAAUCCAGAGGCCACAUCCUCUACCAGUCGACCAACUUCAAGAGCCUCAAAUCAUCACAACGCGCCCAAACAAUUCAUUCUGGGCCCUUUGUUCAUCUCUACACAUCUGGUUGUGCAUUCUGUCGAUUUUUCAGCAAUUGAUUCGGAUGAUUUCUCGUCCUUCUUGUCGACCUCGCCGAUGCCGAUGAGAUGCCCGUCGAGCACUUGCGCUCGAAGAAGUCUCAAGCGCAGAGCCUGGUGCUGUCAAGAAAGCGCAAAUUAAGCGAACUCUUCUCUAUCGUUGUCUCAGUCGAAGACCCAACCUACAAGCAGAAACUCCAGGCCUUUCAUGAUGCGAAUGACCUAGAAAAGUACGGAUCUCCUGUCGCUGCCUUCUAUCUACCAUCAUUGCAAAUUUCAUGAAUUAUGAGGCUUGUUUGGUCUAGUUGUGCUCACUCUUCCGCAGAGGGCGUCGCUUCGACGAAACCACACUCCCGUCCAGAAUCCAUAUAACCCUUCCACCUCGAAAACAUGAGCCCUCCCAACCGCGUGCACUACCCAAGUCGCCCCCCGUCGCGGCACAGCAAGCGCUAGACGCAUCAAAUGCCACCUCGCCGUCAUCUCCAGGUUUCAAGGCGGCGCCGAAACCGAUACCUCCAGGACAAACCGCGCCUGCGCUGACGUCGCUCGACCAAAACAAGGGUAAUGAUGGCAUCGCAGUUGUUAUCGACAAGCCGAGCGAGGAGGAUCGCCAGGAUGCGACCACAACAGCGGCUGACGCGCAGACCAGCGAGGCCAGCACGGUUCCCAGUCUGCCUAAGCACGACGGCGAAUUGAGGUCUCCAAUACCUCAGUCCGCCAAGGGUCCGUCUGUUGGACAAACAACUAACGUUGAGCCCGAGCCUCCUGGCGCGCUGCCAGCCGCUUCUGGCCUGUCGGAAGAUGCAGAGUCAGGUCCCUCUGUCACCGUUGACCGUCAACCUAGCCGAAGUCCUCCUCUUCUCGUUCCAGCCCAAGCAGCUGCCGAGCCACAGUCCUCACCAGCCUCCACAAAUGGACCAGACUCAUCCAACACCCCUGCGCCAACCGCUGGCUCGCCCGGAACCAGUCCCGGUGUCGACAUACCACUCAUCGCUUCGGAACUCGCCCACGAAGGAAAGCCUUCAGAUGCUAGCCAUGCUGGUUUGGAACGAUCAUCUCUCUCGCCGGGAGCGAGGAACCAGCGCAGCGCGAGUAAAGGCCCUGGUUCCUCUGAUGAUGUAGAGAUGACCGGAACGGUCAACGCGGUAGCCACCGCUUCAACUUCUGACGGCCAUAGCAGGCUCGCUCCAGAGACGUUAAACGCUUCACAGGUCGAGCGACCCGCGAUGCGGAUAGACACACAGGGAGAGACCGACUCAUAUUUCAAAGCACGACUGGGGGCAGGAUUUGUCGAAAGUCCGGCCCCAAUAACUGGUACGACUCCAAAGAAGAAUGUGCCGACGACGCCAUCAUCCCAGGAGCCCGCGAAACGUGCCACUAGGAUCUCCUCUGGUGUUUUGCAGAAGAAGUCUGUAUCGGAAAUUCUUGGUGAGACGCCAAAGACCUCAACCCCACCAGCUGAAUCGCCAUCUUCAGCGACCAACCGCGAUGCCUUCGGUGGCACUACUCCUCAGGGCCGGGCGACCGACCGCGACCGCCGCGACAAGGAACGCAGUAGGCUAUCGACCGUGGUCUUUGCCAAACCGCAGAAAUCUACGGUCGACGAGGAGAACCUCGAGCUGACCCGCAUUGGUGGCGGUGAUGCCCACCGAACAGGGCCUGGUGAGAGAGAUUACCUCUACACCUUGUUUGAGAAUAAAGCCCAUUCCAUGUCACGGCAAACCACGAUGUCGUACCUCAUUCAAAAUGCCCACAAGACACUUUCAACUUCGGAUCACCUCAUCGAGUAUGAGCUAUCGGCUGAGUGCAGGAUAUUGAAGCGACUCUACCAGCUGCAGGAGAAGCAACGCUGGCCUCUGAGACAAUACAAGCGUGCCGAUGAAGCAUCAAGACCAACCUCUCAUUGGGAUUUCUUGCUUGAUCAUAUGAAGUGGAUGCGUACCGACUUCAGGGAAGAGCGAAAGUGGAAGCUAGCAGCCGCAAAAGGACUUGCAGAAUGCUGUGCGGAGUGGGUCGCAGGCUCUACGGAAGACCGAAAACGUCUACAGGUUCGUGUUCGACCACCAAGACUUCUCCCUGAACCAGACGAAUCUCAAGACGUGCCUAUGGAAGACGGACCUGGACCGACUCUUUCUUCUCACCCUACUCCCGAUUUGGUGCCUUCCAAUGAGGAUGAUUCCGCGAGUGAUGAUAUCGCAGACCCUCGCGAGGUUCACAUGUCCAGUGCUCCGGCUACGAUAUUCUCGCUGGGCGCCUCUGACUUCAAUUUCGCCGUCGACAAAACCCCUGCUCUGGACAAGCUUUUGAAUGAGUUACCCCUCUACGAGCCUUCCAUUGUCGAGCUAGAUAGUUCUACAUCCAACUUGGGACAACGGCUCGAUGCGAAAUGGAAGACAGAUAUUGUGCCUGUUUCAAGGUGGGCCACUGAGAAGCUAUCAGUCAAGGAGUACAAGCCUCCAAUGAAACGAAGUCGAUACGAUUAUGAGCCUGACCCUUCGCCGAAAAAGAAGUCGGAGCCGCUUCCACCAGAGGAGACCAACGUUGCGUUGUUCAUGCCCGAGAACAAAGCCAUCCGGGACAGGAUUCAUCCUGGACAUUCUUUCCGUCCACCGUCAGAGCAUCCAAUGCCAACACAAGCCUUCUUCGAGACGCGGUCGUCAUCGCAAUGGACACCUUCAGAAGACGAUGAACUUAAGAAGCUUGUCAAGGAUUAUUCCUACAACUGGUCUCUCAUUUCCAGCUGCCUUACGCCCCCAAGCUUGUAUACGUCGGGCGCCGAUAGACGGACACCGUGGGAAUGCUUCGAAAGAUGGAUUGGAUUGGAGGGCCUACCCGCGGAUAUGUCAAAGACGGCUUACUUCAAGACGUACUCGGGUAGAAUUGAGGCUGCAGGAAGACAUGUGGCUGCUCAGAUUGAGGAGGCCCAAAGAAGAGCCGGCGCCAACGUUCAGAUCUCGACACGCAAGAGGACGACACAGCCCGUUAGAGUUGAACGCAAGAGGACCCAACGACAUCUUGCUAUGCUUGAUGCUAUGCGAAAACUAGCCAAGAAGCGAGAGACAGCUCUUCAGAAGCAACAACAUCAAGCCGAUCUCGCCGCCAUGCGGAAAGUCAACGAUGCAAACGUCCCCAAACCCUCUUAUAAGACCCCAGCAGAGUUCUCGCAGCUCAAGCAGGAGCGGGAGCAGAAGCUCGCGGAACGCCAAGAGAUAUAUCGACAGCAACUUAUUGCACAUCAGCGUGCUACCGCACAGCAACAACGUGGUCAAAAUGGUCAACCCAACGGACUGCCAAAUGGUAUGCCUGCUGUUGGACCGGGAAUGCGUGCUCCAUCCACCGGUGGCGUACCUGGAAUGCCCAAUGCUGCUAUCCAAAUACCCAAUGGCCACCCUCGUCAUCCGGCCAUGAUGGCCGCAAUGCAAGGGAAUAUGCAGCUACCACCCGGUAUGAUGGCACCCAAAAUUACGCCACAAAUGCAAGCUCAGAUGCAAGCGCAACUCGCCGCCCGGGGUGGGGUAACUUCUCCUCAGCAGAUGCGAAUGCUUCAGGAAGCAACCAGAGCGCAACAAGAACAGCUCUUGCGACAAGCUCAAGCUCAGGCUCAGAAUGGUCCUCAUUCUUCUCCGAACAACCCCCAUGCCGCUCUCGCCAAUGGUCAAGGCAUGAAUACUGCCGCAUACAGAGCUGCAAUGGCCGCUGCUACCGCGAAUGGGAGUGCGUCUCCCUCUGGCCACAUGAAUGGAAGCUCUCCACGCCCCAAUACCGCCAACUCCGGCCAGGCUCUAUCCAGUGGACAUGUUCCUGUUCUGACUCAAAUUGCUAACAAAAUUCGUGAGCAUCAUCCGAACUUGUCAGAUGAGGAGGUACAACGGCUUGCAUCGCAGCAGCUCCAAACAUAUCAACACCAAGCAACGGCGGCCGCUGCGGGACAGAACCACAAACGUCCUCAGCCUCACCAGGCAGCGUUGAAUGCGGCUCUUGGUGCUGUGAAUGCUGGCAAUAAUGCCUCCGUCGCGGCCGCUGCAGCGGCUGCCGCACAACUAGGACAUCCAAAUAUGAUGACCAAUGAGCAGUUGCAACAGUAUAACCAGCGGAUCAGAAUGCAACAAGCUCAGCAACAUGCGGCUCGAAACCUGCAAGCGAUGCAGAUGCAGCAAAUGGCCGGCAUGCCCAAUGGAAUGGCAAACUCCCCGGUCAUGAAUAUGGCUCGGCCCGUGAGCCAACAUGGAAACCAGGGCCAAAUGAGUCGCAGCGCUACCCCGAGAGACCAGCGAAGCUCCAGCCAGAGCAACGUCAAUGGCAAUGGACCCGGGCAACAGAGCAGCCCGCGACAAGCGCCACAGAGCAUGCAGACAUGAAAAAAUGGAGCUGUCCCUAUCACCACAAAUUUUGUAUAAAGAGAUUCGUCUUCUAUCUAUUUGGUACUUGAUAUUUGGUAGUGGGCUCAAUCAGAGAUGGCCAUCGGAGCCGCAUGUCACUACUGGGGGGUUUAUGGUGCUCAACUUACGUUCUGCUUGAUACGAUGUGAUACACAACGUCUGGGGAGGAAAUGGGAAUGUCCGUGCGGAAAGUUCCAUCCAUUCUGGAGGGGUCCUUCGGCCAGUGUUCGCGGACUGAGGACGGCACGACGGACCCAACGCUGAUCGUUGUCGCGCCAAGGUAUAUCUGGAGACAGCAAUAGCAAUGAAGAUAGCAGAUUUAAAGAAUGCUCGGAAAGUCAGAGCAAUGUUCUAAUUCAAAGCUAUUUUAUGCGUUGCGCAUAUCAAGUA